AUGUUUCAAUCAUCUCUAUCUCACAAAAAAUUAAAGCAAAUAGACAUUAGAAAAAAUCAUCAUUAUUAUCUUAAUGCUCCUUAUUAAAUUAGUAUACUAUCUCCUGAGUAACAAAAAUUUGAAUAAUAGAAUGAGUCUGCUAAUUCAUAAUCAACAUAUUAAAAUAAUAGUUAUACUCAAUAUACAGAAGAUCUUUAUUUUAGAAAACAUUCAAAAUUAUUUAGAGAUCUUAGGAGUACAUCAAAUUAGAGUAAUAAUAAUUAAUUAAAUGAUAUCAAUCAAACAUUCAUAUUUAGAAUUAAAUCAAAAAAUCAUAUAUAAGAAGAACCAUUAAUAUUAGAUAAUUUAGGUUAAAGAGAAAAAGAUAAAAAAACAAAAGAUUUGGUAAAAGUAUUACAUGAAAUGAAUAAAAGAAGAUAGAAAUAUAUAUAGAAAGAAUAAUUUAUUCCAAGAUCUCCUAUUCCAUUACUGAAAAGAUAAAAUUGUAUUUAUUUGGAUGAACCAUAAGUUGAAAAGCUAUCCAAUCAAAUCAAAAAGCUUCCCAUGAUAAAGGAAUAAUCUGUAUUGAAUAAUACAUAGAAAGAUUAGAAGGAUAUAUAAUCUAAUUGUUAAAAAUUAUCUGGUCAUGGAAAUUUAGAAGAAUAAUUUUAAUCUAAACUGAAUUGUCUUCAAUAAUUUAUUUUUUAACUUUAAUGCAAUUAUUUAAUCUAUGUAAAAUAAUCUUAAGUUAGAUAAUAAACUUAUUUUAUUGAAGAAAUAAAUUUAAAUGAACAAAUCAUAACAUAAUUAAUGAAAAAAAGAUGGUGGUGGUGUGAAUCUCCUGAAAAAUCAGAUGAUGUAUAAUUUUAUUGGUCUCUUAAAUUGAAUUCAUAAAUUUUGUAGAAAUAAAAAACUCAUAUAUUAUUUGAUAUAACUAAAAAAAGAGUUGUAAAUCCAAUUAUUAUUAAUAAUCAUGAAGAAUUUUUAAAAUUCUCUUAAGAAUCAAAAUUGACAAUCAUUUAAUAAAAUUGUAGAAUACAUAAUCAUAUAGAUCUUUAUUAAAUAUUUAAUUUGAAAAAGAAUUUAAUAAAAUGUAUUUAUACUUUUUAGACAUUAACAAAUGAAGAAUUACAAUAAUACUUUCCAUAUACAAUUAAUGUUGCUAAUCUUUAAGAUCCAUAAUUCAAUAUAUACUAAAUUAAAUACAAACUCACUAAUUCAUUAUGGUUAGUAAAACCUGGAGAAUAAAAUAAUAAUAAUAAUUAAAUAAAGAUAUGUUAAAAUACAAAAUAAGUUUCUGAUUUUAUAAUUUCUGAAUUGAAAAAUUCAAAUAGAAGAUCUGAUACCUUCAUAAUUUAAUAAUAUAUUAAGCCAUUUUUAUAUCAAAAAAGAAAGUUUGAUAUUUAUGCAUAUAUCCUAAUAACUUCUAUUAAUGGAAUUGUUAGAGUAUACUUUUAUGAUGAAGUAAUUGGAAGGACUAGUAGUAAAGAAUAUUCAGAUAAUGAUUUAGAUCCUUUAACUCAUUUUACUAAUAGUCAAAUAUAAAAAGAAAGCAAAUCCUUUUCAUUAUAUGAAUCAGGAAAUAAAUUAUCAUUUUAUAAAUUAUAAGAAUACUUUAAUUAAUUUAAAAUUAAUUUUAAAGAAAUAAUUAUUCCAAAAUUAAAAAUGAUAGCUACAAAUUUAUUUAAGUCAAUAUUUACUUAGAUGAUUCUAAGAGACUUCAAUUUCGAAGUAUAAUAUAUUUCUAUUAAGAUUAUAGGUUUAAAUUUUAUUUUAGAUACAGCAUUAAAACCAUGGUUGAUUGAUACCAAUUUAAAUCCAUCUUUCAUACCAGAUUGUCCAUAUCAUUAAAAAUUCUUAACUUAAUUAUUAGAUAGUGUAUUUUAACAUACUUUAGAUUUACUUUAUCCUCCACCAUUAAAUUGGCCUUUAAACAAAAAAUAAUUAAUUGAAAAUUUUAAUAUUUAAGAUAGAUUUUCUGUCAUUUUUGAUUCUAGAUUUGAUUCAGAAAUACUUUUAGAAUUAUAUUAAAAAGAAAUAAAUUGA